AUGGACAUACAAUUUUCGGACAACAACAUCAAUGCCACCAACAACUCAACUCAACUCAUCUCAUCGUGGUACACUCAUCACUGCUUGAAACCGAAAUGUCUAUUUCGCAUUCGUAUUUCAUAUCAAUUUAUUCGAUUUAUUUUUUGGUCUAAUAUCCAUUCGCACAGAGAUCCGAUUAAUUUGGCUGUGCUGUCGCUGAAAGAAAAUGGUGAAUUGAUCAAAUUGCGCAAUAAAUGGUGGUAUGACAAAACGGAAUGCAACCUCAACAAGGACAAUCAGGAGACAUCACGCAGUGAAUUGUCGUUGAGUAAUGUGGCUGGUAUAUUUUAUAUAUUGAUCGGUGGCCUCUUAGUGGCCGUCUUUGUGGCCAUCAUCGAGUUCUGCUUUCGCAGCAAAACAUCAACGCAAAAGGCGAAUGGCUCCAUGUUGAGUUCGGCGUCCGGUGGGGGCUCACAUCAGAGGAAUUCCCUAACAGAUGCCAUGCAUUCCAAAGCGAAAUUGACUAUUCAAGCGAGCAGAGAAUAUGAUAACGGACGUGUUGGGUACCUCAAUUGUGCCUCUUUGCAGUAUUAUCCAGCCGGACAAUUGAGUGCCGCCACCGAGGCCGAAACAAUGCACAUGAAUGCGCACAGUCAAGUUUGACAUGAGCAUGCGCAGGAAUCGCGACUUUGACGUACACCCUGCGCACCAACAAUACGCCGCAUAAUGGCCAACAGCCGGCAAGAAACGGAGAAAAUACUGAGCAAUCAUGAUCAAAAUGCCACAACAAUGCCGGGCAGCCAGAAUAGUACACUGAUGCGAAAUCCCGAUGUAAAUCAUCCCUAUGCCAAAUAAAUAUAAAAACAUAUACAUAAAUUACAUACACACAUAUGUAUUUAGUAUAUACAUAUACACUUAAUAAUAUGACUACGUAAAAACAUUAGCAUUAGCUACAUAUAAAAACGACGAGAAUUACAUUGGAGUAGAGAGAGGUAAGCGUGAAAGUGAGUAAAAUAACAGCAACAACAUCUAUGUAGAUAUACAUAUAUGUGUAUGUAUGUAAUUAAGAAACAUAGUGUGUAUGUAGGUAUGUGUAUUACAAUAAGAGUGAAACUUAAAUAUAUGUAUGUCUUAACUAACAUAAGUCAAAGAAUAAAUACC